AUGAAGCUGUAUGCAGGUCCUCUCUCGAGGCUCGUCGUAACGCUGGCCACGCUCACCAGCCAUGUCGCUGCCAACGCCGACAAGAUCAUCCUCACCGGCCCCGAGCCCGUCACCUACCCUUUAGCCUCGCCGUCGCUGUCCGACCUCAACCUCGACGUCAUCGGCCCCGCGACGAACCUGUCGCUCCGCACAAGCCUCAGCCGCAUAUUCCACGAUGACACGAAUCCGGUGGCCCAAGGCAAGCCCCCGGGCAGCGCCAGCUGGUUCAUACUCGACGGCCUCACGCCGGGUCAGCGCUACGAGCUACGCGUAUGCUGGGCCGCCAUCGAACCUACAGAGUUUACCAUGGAUGUGCAUGAGCUAGAUGCGGUAUGGACAAUACCAGAUCUCAUGCUCUCCCUCUACAACUACUCUUCCUCGCGCCAGGUCGAGGCCGAGAAUCAGACCCCUCAGGUCCACCAUCGAAGCGCUUCCUCAAAAGACGCCAAAGAGCGAACGGCUUCUCUUCUGCUCCUCCGGGUCCACGCGGCGGCCGACUACUUCUCCCACCACCCGGAGCUCAUGCGCAACCCACCACCCGUGCUCGUGGACCUCAUCCUGGAUCCGUAUCUUUUCAACGUCUUCCCAGAAUCCCUGCUGCUGACGGCCGGAUACAUUGUGCUUGUAGCUGUGGCGACCCUGUUCCUUGCCAAAUGGAUUGCGAACCGCAUGACGGCCAUUGCCGCCACCGAGGAGCGCGUAUCAAAGAAGAAGGACUGA